AGAAGAAGAGAGAGAAUCCGAAUGUCCUCUGUGGCAUAGCCAUUUUAAUCCUGCCCCCAAAAAACAAAACCCCCGUUGAUCGCACCACCCAGCAUUAUCUUUUGUUUUCUAAUAAAACAAAAACAAGAAGAAGAAUAAGCGAUUGCUAUUCCAUACCACUGCGCCGCGGAGGCCAUGGCUUCGUCUCCUGCGGCGUUGCUUCUUCUUCUUCUUCUUCUUCUCGUCUUAUUCUUCUCGCCAUCGUCGGGUGAGGAGGGGAAUGGCGGCGGCGUGCUUCCGCGGUUCGCGGAGGCGUCGCUGGUGGCGGGGCUCAUCUCCUCCUCCGUCCGCGCCGCGCUGGAGUCCCCGCUCAACUACGCGCGCAGCUACCUCGCCGACCUCCUCCCCGCGUGCGUCCCCCGCGCCAUCUACCUCGACUCCGACGUGCUCGCCGUCGACGACGUGCGCCGCCUCUGGGCCACGCGCCUCCCCUCCGCCGCCGUCGUCGCCGCCCCCGAGUACUGCCGCGCCAACUUCACCCGCUACUUCACCCCCGCCUUCUGGUCCGACCCCGCCCUCGGCCCCCGCGCCUUCCGCCGCCCCCGCCCCCCCUGCUACUUCAACACAGGCGUCAUGCUCGUCGACCUCCGCCGCUGGCGCGCCGCAGGCUACCGCCGCAGGAUCGAGGCGUGGAUGGGCCUGCAGCGGCAGCGGAGGAUCUACGAGCUGGGGUCUCUGCCGCCCUUCCUUCUGGUGUUCGCCGGGGCGAUCGAGGCCGUCGAUCACAGGUGGAACCAGCACGGCCUCGGCGGCGACAACGUCCACGGCAGCUGCCGACCCCUCCACCCUGGCCCCGUCAGCUUGAUGCACUGGAGCGGGAAGGGGAAGCCGUGGGAUCGCCUCGACGCCGCAAAUCCCUGCCCCCUCGACCGCAUCUGGGCGCCGUACGAUCUCUACAUCCCCCCUCCUCCUCCUCCUCCUCCCUCUCAUGAAUCCAAUUCAUCCUUUUCCCACUCCCUCUCCUCUUGGUAGUAGAUUCUCUAAAUUUAGAUAGAAAUUUAGUGAGAGAGGGAGUAACAGUUGAGAGGCAAAAGAAUUGGUGGAGAAUGAGGAGGAUUUGAUUAUUUUAGGCAAUGGUUUGAUUGGCUUUGCGUUGCAUUCUUUUGCCUUCGUCGUCCAUGUACAAAGCGAAGGGAUUCAAAUUCGAUUGAAUUCCCUAUUGGCAUAGAAGGUUAAUUCUAGGAAAUUUGUCAGCGAACUCAUUGGGGAUCAGAAAAUGUAGCAAAUGCUCCUUGUGUUAAAUUUUUUACUUGGAUGAGUUAAAAUUGCGUUUUGAA